ACAGUUCACACACAGUCCACCAAACUGCCAGAAUCUUGGAACAGAGAGAAGAAGAGUCAGAAAAUAUUGAAAGGAUGAGUGAAGCUAGCAAGAUCCAAAUUCCCAGGGUCAAAUUGGGCAAUCAAGGCCUUGAGGUCUCAAAAAUGGGGUUUGGAUGCAUGGGCCUCACUGGAGUCUACAACUCUCCUGUUUCUGAUGAGGAUGGAAUCUCAAUAAUAGUAGCUGCUUUCAAUAAAGGAAUCACUUUCUUUGACACAGCUGAUGUAUAUGGACCGCAUACAAAUGAACUUCUUGUUGGGAAGGCGCUGAAGCAGUUGCCAAGAGAAAAAAUUCAAUUAGCCACAAAGUUUGGUGUUGUUUUUGGAGGAGUGGAUCCUCCUGGUGUUACAGCCAAGGGUACUCCGGAGUAUGUCAGGUCAUGCUGUGAGGCUAGCUUGAAGCGUCUUGAUGUGGACUACAUUGAUCUGUAUUAUCAACAUCGGGUGGACACUUCGGUGCCUAUAGAGGAAACUAUGGGUGAGCUGAAGAAACUGGUGGAAGAAGGAAAAGUAAAAUAUAUAGGGUUAUCUGAAGCCAGUCCAGACACCAUAAGGAGGGCACAUGCAGUUCAUCCCGUCACAGCUCUACAAAUGGAGUGGUCUCUCUGGACUCGUGAAAUUGAGGAAGAAGUCGUUCCACUUUGCAGGGAGCUUGGUAUUGGAAUAGUACCAUAUAGUCCUCUUGGUCGUGGCUUUUUUGGAGGCAAAGCAGUUGUGGAAAGUUUGCCUUCAAAUAGUGCCCUCUUGUCGACACAUCCUCGGUUCAUAGGAGAAAACUUGGAGAAGAACAAGAAUAUUUACAAUCGAAUGGAAAGUCUUGCUAAAAAGCACCAAUGCCUUACUGCUCAGCUAGCACUAGCAUGGGUUCUCCACCAAGGAGAUGAUGUUGUACCUAUCCCAGGGACAACAAAGAUUAAGAACCUGGAUGUAAACAUUGGCUCCUUGAAGGUGAAACUUGGGGAAGAGGACUUGAAAGAAGUUUCUGGUGCUGUGCCACUCGACCAAGUCGCUGGUGAGAGAACUUAUGUAACUCUGAGGCAUUUGCAGUGGAAAUUCGCCAACACUCCCCCGAAGAAGUUACUAAACCAUCAAUAGGAAUGCCAGCAUAAACAGUAGGGAGGCGAACCCCGUUAGUUGGGAGGCCCUGUACUCUUGGAUUGUUCUAGGGAGCUAUCGAUGCUGCUCAGUGAGCAUACAUCUCCCAUUCAGUUCAUGUGGAAAGCUAUGCUGGUUAAACGCCACAUUCGCUCUUAACUUGCAAUCCAAGUCUCAUCCAUACCAUCACCAGUAGCAUUCUCUGCAUUUCCGAUCAGACUCCGGUCCUAAAACUGCUCGACUUCUAACUGCAGCCGGACCUUUUACCAUUCCAGUUAGAAGCUCAACAUCUAUAUUGAACUCAAACUUUUUUGUUAGUAAUAUACCCUAAUAUUGGUCUGCAAAGAAGUUGAAGUUCUUUGGAGCACACAUAAUUACAUGAGUGAAUACUCCAGAAUGAAGUUCAUAAUUU